CUUCGACUUUACUUUUGGACGCGGCAACUUCAACACCUGCAACACAAUGGCCGCCCCACGCGCGCUCGCAGCGUCCUUCAGCGUGACACGACUCGCUGCAUCGUCGCCGUCGAUCAUCCGCCCCGCAGUAUGUCGAUUCGCAACGCCCACAUACCAGACCGUCCGCUGCAAAGGAACAAAGACGCCGAAGAAGAAGGCGGCCACCGCAUUCACGCAAUACGACCUGUCGGGAACAGAGCACUUCGCCCUCGUUGACGCAAUGCGAUACAUCCGCGCCUUCGAAGUCGGGCGGGAACCGAGCUCCUCCAAGUACGAGGUGGCCGUCCGGCUGCGCACGAUCAAGAACAGUCCGUCGGUGCGCAGCAGAAUACGGCUGCCGCACACGGUUAAGACCGAUAUUCGCAUCUGGGUUGUCGCGCCCCCGGACUCGAAGGCUGGGCAGGAGGCGCGCGCAGCGGGUGCGGCAUUGAUUGGUGAGGACGAGAUCUUCGAGCAGGUCAAGGCGGGGGUUUUCAACUUCAACAUGGUCAUCUGCCACGCCGACUCGCUACAGAAGUUGACCAAGGCGGGAAUGCCGAGGAUUUUGGGUCCUAGGGGCAUGAUGCCAACCGCGAAGACCGGCACGGUCGUGGACAACAUCGCAUCAUCUGUUGGGAACAUCGUCGGUGGCAGCGAGUUCAGAGAAAGGAUGGGCGUAAUUCGCAUGGCGGUCGGUCAGCUGGGCUUCACUCCUGCGGAAUUGCAGGAUAACAUUAAGAAGUUCAUGGAUGCUUUGAAGCACGAGAUGUCACUGCUGCAAGGCCGCGUCAACAAGGAGAUCCACGAAGUGGUCCUCAGCUCUACAAACUCGCCAGGAUUCACACUAAGCGGCGAGUUCAAGGGCGCCAACUCGAUAUCCCCGGCCCUGCUCAACGGCCCGUUGUAAAUUCAUAUAGCUUUUCCGUUGUACAAACAAUGUACCAUAUUAACGCCACCGCUAUGUUGGUAUUA